CGAUUAUCCGAUUAUACACUAUAGUCAAAUAUAAACACAGAAUCAUAACAAAUCAUUUAUUUAUAGCUGGCCGAGCGCUUAAAUACUUUUUCAAAGUUAGAAGGAUGGUUCUGUGUAGGUUUUUUCUCCAAGGUAGCUGCAGGUUUGGGACUAAAUGCAAUAAUGAACAUUUGGACAUCAAGCAACUUGUGAAAACCGAUUUAGAAGCUGCAAUUAAUGGAAAGCAAUGGCCAAUAUCUAGUUUUGGACCCUUCAAAGAUAAACCCUGUAUACCAAGCUUCAUAGAAGAUCAAUCCUUCGAAGAGAUUCGUUGGCUUUGUUAUGAAGCCAAGCAAAAGAACUGUGUGGAUCAAUAUGUCCAGCAUUUCUCCAAGGAAGUUAUGGAAGCAAAUAAUAAAAUGAAAACUAUGUUGCAAUUAUCUCCAGCUAUUAUUGAUAUUAUUUGCCGUCUUUACGAUGCACCUACUGAAGCUAGCCCUAAUACUGGAUUAACAAAAAGUAAUGUUAAUAACCCUUUCGGGCUUGGAGGUAAUGUUAUCAACGAUACCACGUCAAUAUUUAAUAAGCCGAGUAUGCCAUUAAGUGGAAAUAGUACUUUUGGUGGAACUUUUGGCAAUAAUACUACUACUACUGUCGGACAAGCGUCUACACAGGGUGGAAGCUUAUUUGGUGGAGGUGGUUUAGCCUUUAAUUCUCAAAACCAGCAGUCUUCUAUUUUUUCACAGCAGUUACAAAAACCUGCUUCUGUGUUUGGAGGUGGGGGCACACAAGGAAGUUUAUUUGGGCAAACACAGACAAAUACAGGAAUUAUUGGUGGGCUUUUCGGACAAACUCCACAACCGACUGGUAAUGUGUUUGCUCAAACAGCGCCACAACAGCAACAAUCUCAACUUGCUGCCAAUGUUGGAUUAUUUGCCCAACAUGCACAACAACCACAAUCAGGCUCACUAUUUGGACAACAAAAUCAAACUCAAACAGCAACUGGAGGGAAUUUGUUUAAUCAAACUAUUCAGCAGCAGCAACAACACAAUGGUGCAAAUGUAUUUGCGCAAGCAAUGCAAGCACAGCAAACGCAAUCAGCAUCCGGAUUCCCAAUGUAUCAGACCAAUAAGCCUCAAACAUCUUCUGUUUUUGGACAACAAAAUGUUUUUGCACAACAGAGCUCAGGAGGAAUGUUUGGCCAAUUAGCCGCAAAUACGCCUGGGAAUAAUUCUAAUAAUUUGUUUACGCAACCGGUCAAUACAACGGAUUCAAACGGAAUGUUUAAAAACCCACAAAACAUAUUCGCCCAAGCUAUACAACAACAACCUCCACCAAAUAUGUAUUCACAACCUAACCAAAGCUCAACAACAGCACAACCAACAUCAGGGUUUUUCCAACAAAAUAUUCAAUCGCAGCAAAAUACAAAUCAGCAUGCAGCCUUUGCACAGCCGAUGGGAGUAAAUAACUCUUCGUUGCCUCUCUUACAAUCGCCAGUGGUAAGCAGCUCUGUUUAUAGCAAAUUGGAGGAUCUUACAGCAGAAGACAUUGAAGCUUUCAAAGCCGACACAUUUACGCCGGGUCGAAUUCCAAAUGUUCCACCUCCUAGAGAGUUGAUUAAUUAAACUAUUCUGCAAAAGUAACGAUAACCCGGAGACGGAAUGCUACCAAAUAUAAAUAUGAAUCAAAAUUGUGUACGAAUACAAUGCUUAAACUCUACUCUAGAAAGCCUAACGACUACACGGAAAAAAUAUUGAAAUGGUUUUCACAUUUUGGUUAACGACUACAGUUGCUUUUGUUUCUUCUUUGUCUCUAUGUGACUGUUAUCUGAAUAUAUUAAUUAAAAAAUAAUAAUAAACAAAGUAAUUCAAUGAAUUAAA